AUGGUUGGAUUUACUGCAUGGAGUUCAAAACUGCAACCUAGUGAACUAGUUCAUAUCCUAAACUCGAUUGUUACUGGAUUUGAUAAGCUGACUGAAAUUCACUUGAUUGAUAAGAUUAAAACUAUUGGAGAUGCCUAUUUUUGUGUAAGUGGAUUACACUCAUGUAAAUCUUCCGAUCACCCAGAAAGAAUGUUAAAGUUUGCCAUUGAAAUUAUGUCCUUUUUAAAGAAUAUCAACACAUCAAAUCAAACAUUAAUUAAUGUGAGAAUUGGCAUGCACACAGGCGAUGCUGUUGGAGGAGUCAUUGGAUUUAAAAAGUUUGCCUACGAUCUGUGGGGUGAUACCAUCAAUACUGCCUCUCGUAUGGAAUCAACAUCACUUCCAGGUAGAAUUCAAAUUUCCAGAUCUACCUAUGGAAGAGUUUAUGACCUAUUCGAAUUUGAAGAGAGAUUAAUUGAAGUGAAAGGAAAAGGAGAAUGUCAGACUUAUCUACUGAAAGAGAAACAUCAUGAGAAUCCAAUAGCUCUUAAUAACAUGGCACAAGUGGAAGAUAAUGAUCAUUUAGAAGUUUCACAAGGACCAUUUUCAAGCCAUAAAGAAGAUGAGCAACAGCAACAGUAA